GUGAGAGCUCAGACGGCAGUGAGGCUUAGCACCAGAUUUGAUCUCUGCGUGCUCUUCUAACUGUACCUACUCUACAGUGACCACCGAGCCACAAUGAGGAGCCUCUCUGUCCUCUGCUGUCUUUUUACAGUGAUGGCGACACUUGGAGCCGAGAUCAACGUUGAGGGAAUUGAAGGGGGAGAGGUGUCGUUCAAGUGCUCUCACAAACUGGCACAUAACAACAAAAAGUACUUCUGCACAGACCCGUGCAAAACCAAUGAAGACAUUCUGGUUGACGUGUCCCCUGGUAAGAUUGCCACCUCUGGAAGGAUAACUCUGGUGGACUCUGAGGACGGCUCCUUCACAGUUAAAAUCACACAACUUCUUCUGUCAGACGCACACGUGUACUGGUGUGCCGUGAUCAGGUCCAUCAGCAACACGUACACGUCGGUCAACCUGACUGUACAUAAAGCUUUUAAAACAACGGUUCCACCCAUUGUUUCUUCCUCCUGGUUUCCGACCGUCACCAACUCAACACAACUGACAACCCGCAUGGGAACAAAUGCGACAGGAAACAUCUUAGAAGUGAUAAACAGCACCACUCCAACAGCCUCAGCCUUGACCAACAUCAGCCUCAACCCUGUGCUGUUCGCUGCGGCCGGGACCGCUGCUACACUCAUAAUCUUCACCCUGGCAGCGUACAUCAGGAAACGGCGAGAAAUGUCAAAACCUCAGCUCCACCUUUGCCUCGACAACAAAGAACCCAGGAGUGAGGUGACUGAUCGUCAAUUUAAUGACAAGGGAGCAAAGAGUGAUAUAUCCGUCAUUUUUGACCAUUUACGACAGCAUCCAACCAGACCCACAGGUCCAGUUUCCCUUCCCGUUUAUGAAAACCUUCCUUUCUCAUCUGGUUCAAGAAAUUUACCAGCAGAUCAGCAAAGCAUCGACGACGCAGACCACAGGAUCUACAUCACACCGUUGCCGUCUACAGCGGCAGAAAUAAACAGUGUGUCUCAGUCUGUCCCCACUGAACCACCUUCCAGAUCGCUUUGGUUUGGUUUAGACAUAUCAAGAAUAAAUCAUGUUUAGGAUGGCAAUACAGCACCUUUUAUUAAAUAGAUGUUAGUAAUGCCACUUCAAGUAAUACUUACAAUGUUAUUGUACACUAUACAUAUGCUUUUAAUCCUGAAACCUACUAAUAACUAAACUGGUGUAACUAAAAAAAAAAUAGAGCGCAGAAAAAAACUAGAAAGUGAUUUAAGUUCAUAGUAUAUUUAGGUGGUAGUAAGUAGAGUCAUAUAGAUUUUUAAAGAUUAUAUGCUAAAAAUGCAAUUUAAGGAACAAAUUGUAUUUUCCAUAAACACUCUGCAUACAUACAACUAUAACACAAUUUAUAAAAGUAAAAUAUUAUCUUUGUGACCUCAGGUUAAUAGUAGAAGCUGCUUAUUUAUAAAUGCUUCAUGUCCUCUGGAAACUUGUAUAACUGUGGAUAUUUAAAUGUACUGUAUAUCUUUACACUUAUGGAUGUUUAUAGCAAAUAUCAAAAACUGUACAUAUGUUGUCUGGGUUUGUUUUUCUUCACUGUGUAAAUUAUUGUCACUUUUCCCAAUAAAAACUUCUUCUGUUUUA